AUGGCAACCCUGAAGGAGAAGAGGACCUGUGGCCAGCGCUGCCAGGACUUUGGGCACUUUGUGUGGAACUCCGACAACAAGACAUUCAUGGGGAGAACACCAGAGAAGUGGGUCUACAUCAGCCUCUACUAUGUGGCUUUCUACGUGGUGAUGACCGCCCUCUUUUCUCUGGCCAUCUAUGUGUUGAUGUACACACUCAGUCCUUACGCUCCUGACUACCAAGACCGCUUAAAAUCGCCAGGGGUGAUGGUAUGGCCAGAUACAUAUGGGGAGGAUGGUGUUGAGAUCUCCUACAACAUAUCAGACAAGAAGAGCUGGAUGAAAAUGACCAACUGUCUGAAGAAGUUCCUGUUGCCCUACAACGACACGAUGCAGCAACACUGCAACAAUCACCCAUGCACAAAGGGCAAGUACUUCUUCCAGAAAGAGUUUACUGGCCCAAACCACACCAAACUGGCCUGCCCCUUCACCCAGAGCAUGCUGGGAAACUGCUCUGGCCUCAGCGACCCCUCCUUCGGUUACCCCGACGGGAAGCCGUGCGUGAUCAUCAAAAUGAACAGGGUCAUUAACUUUUUGCCAGACAAUGGGACUGGAAUGACUCCCUAUGUGAACUGCACUGUGCUGGAAGGAAGUGACAAUGUAGGAGGGGUGGAGUACUUCCCCAUAAAUGGCACCUUUGACCUCUCCUACUUCCCCUACUAUGGCAAACAGGCCCAGCCCACAUAUAUCAACCCCCUGGUGGCAGUGAAAUUUGACAUGAUCAAGAAACGAGAUGCCAAGAUCCAGUGCAGGGUGGUGGCCAAUAACAUCGCCUACGAGAACUUCCAUGACCCUUACGAAGGCAAAGUGGUCUUCUGCCUGAAAGUGACCUCAUAA